AUGCAGACCAUCAAAGAGCUCUCUGAGUUCGAGCUCGACGUUGACCAAGCGACGAUAUACGUGCCUACGUCCGCGUCGUCCACGCCUUACUCAUCACCGCCGCCGUCACCUCCUCCUCUACUACCAGCUAUCGGUUUCCCGGGAUGGCCGAGCCAUCCUGGUGCGUCGUCGCUUCCCGUGCCGCUCGUACUACGCCACAAGAGGACGCGCGUGCUCGUCGCAAUUGAUAGGAGGAAUGGUUACGAGAGCCUCGUGUAUGCCGCGCGCACUGCGUUCCCCGGGCUCUCCGAGCACUACGACGAGAUGUACUUCGAGACAAGCACCAGUAUCAGCAAAGGGGACCGCAAGACGAAGACCGUACGGGUACGCGUCACUCCCGAGGCUUUCAUAGACGUGAUGGAGUUUGGUUCGGCUCGCACGGAGGUCGAAGUUUGUAUACCGAGCAAGUGGAAAGGGCUAUUCGCGUUCGGGCGAUAA